UUUAUCUUCGAUACUAAGUACCAGCAACACUCAGCCUCCAUCAACCAGCCAGGAAACAUCUGUAACAAUGAUGUCCUCAUCCACAGAGCCACACUCUACAUUCGCUACUCAUUCCACUGAAACAUCUACUGAAGACACAAGUUCAACUUCAAUACUAAGUACAGGAAAAAAUCAGCUUCCAUCAACCAGCCAGGAAACCUCUGCAACAAUGAUGUCCUCAUCCUCAGAGUCACAAUCUACAUUGGCACCCACAGAAAUGACUGAAUUAACAGCCUCGACCUCAACACUCACCACUAUCAGAGUCACAAAACCUUCCAGCACUGAUCAUUCCGCAACAACCAUCACCCCAGCCACGACUUCAGAGGUCUCCACAAAUUCACAAUCUGCAUUCGCUACUCAUUCCACCCAAGAAAUUACGGAACACACAAGUUCAUCUUCGAUACUAAGUACCAGCAACAAUCAGCCUCGAUCAACCAGCCAGGAAACAUCUGCAACAAUGAUUUCCUCAUCCACAGAGCCACAAUCUACUUUUGCACCCACAGAAAUGACUGAAUUGACAGCCUCGACCUCAACACUCACCACAAUUGGAGUCACAAAACCUUCCAGCACUAAUCAUUCCGCAACAACCAUCACCCCAGCCACGAAUUCAGAAGUCUCCACAAAUUCACAAUCUACAUUCGCUACUGAUUCCACUCAAGAAUCUACUAAACAUACAAGUCCAACUUUAAUGCUAAGUACCAGCAACUCUCAGCCUCAAUCAACCAGCCAGGAAACAUCUGCAACAAUGAUGUCCUCAUCCACAGAGCCACAAUCUACUUUUGCACCCACAGAAAUGACUGAAUUGACAGCCUCGAGCUCAGCACUCACCACAAAUAGAGUUACAAGAGCUUCCAGCACUGAUUAUUCUGCAACAACCAUCACCUCAUCCACAAAUUCAGAAGUCUCCACGAAUUCACACUCUACAUUGGCUACUCAUUCCACCCAAGCAUCUACUGAACACACAAGUUCAUCUCCGAUACAAAGUACCAGCAACACUCAGCCUCCAUCAACCAGCCAGGAAAUAUCUGCAACAAUGAUGUCCUCAUCCACAGAGUCACAAUCUACAUUGGCACCCACAGAAAUGACUGAAUUGACAGCCUCGACCUCAACACUCACCACAAUUGGAGUCACAAAACCUUCCAGCACUAAUCAUUCCGCAACAACCAUCACCCCAGCCACGAAUUCAGAAGUCUCCACAAAUUCACAAUCUACAUUCGCUACUGAUUCCACUCAAGAAUCUACUGAACAUACAAGUCCAACUUUAAUGCUAAGUACCAGCAACUCUCAGCCUCAAUCAACCAGCCAGGAAACAUUUACAACAAUGAUGUCCUCAUCCACAGAGCGACAAUCUACAUUGGCACCCACAGAAAUGACUGAAUUAACAGCCCCUACGUCAACACUCACCACAAAUGGAGUUUCACGACCUUCUAGCACAACAUCCAUCACUUCACCCACAAAGACUUCACAGUCUACAUUCCCUACUCAUUCCACUGAAACAUCUCCUGAACAAAAAACUGAAACAACACUCGUAGGUACCAGACUGACUUCAAAGCACACAGCUCAGACUGUGAGAUCAACAGUCAGUUCCACUAUUAUAACUAAUGUGGUGAUACCAACUUUUACUCCAACAUCUACGUACACUCCAAACACAGAUAGUGCCACUACAAUCCAUCCACCUUCCACAGUCUCCUCCAACGUGACACCUUUGACACAGUCUGCUUCAGCACCAACAAGUGAAGCAACAACAAAUAAAAAAUCAAGUAGAAGUCCACAAACAUCUUCCCCAACCACACCAACUUCAAAGGCUUUGACAUCAGCAGAAAUCAUUAGUACAAACACACUUACAACAGUCAUUCAUUCAACUUCUAUCGCCCUUUCAAAUACCACUGUCACUGUGACAACACCAUCUACAACUCCUCAGUGUGGAAUUAAGGAUUGUCCUGGGUGUACUGGUACCUGUAAAUUCAAUGCAACACUUGGAAGAUGUCACUGCAAAUGUCCAACGUUUGUCCUUGGAGAUGUCUGCGUUUUUGGAGAGAAUAUUACAACUGCUCAGAUUGAUACUGGAGCAAUACCAACUCGAAAAGUGAAUUUUACUUUGAAAAUCAACAUCAUUUUUAAUGAGGCUUUCAAUAAUUUGAACUCACAUCUAUCACUAGAAUUCAUCAAAACAUUAAAACCGCAGCUUGAAGUCCUGUGUAAAGAAGCAGAUCCACAAAGCUAUAAAACUCUAAAAGUCAUCAAGUUAUUACCAGGGAGUGUUGUUGCAGAGACAGUGGCAGAGUACAACUAUGCAAACAAUGAAACUCAAAUUCAGUUUGUCAACACUAAGCUUGAUGGAGUGUUGACUGCUAUCUUGAAGGACACAAGUAACCUCAGUAAUAUUUCCCAGGCCUUUAAUGCAAGUGUGCAGUUAAAUGGAAUCACCUUCCCCCUACCUGAGAUUACAAAUAUUAAAGACCUGCAGCCUUUUGUUAACUGCACUCAGUUUGCUAAUUACACUGCUGAGAUUAGUAAUGGUCAAUGGCAGUGUGUUGGACCUUGCGAAACAAACCCAGAUUACUGUCAUCAACAUGGAGAAUGCCACAAUGACAUUUACAAAGGGCCUAUUUGUAGGUGCUUUGAGUCUAGCCUGGAUCAGUUUUAUGGCCCACAAUGUGACCAGCGUCUAUCAACAAGCCCAGAAACACAUACAACAAUGAUAUCCUCAUCCACAGUGCCACAAUCUACAUUGGCACCCACAGAGAUGACUGAAUUAACAGCCUCAAGCCCAACACUCACCACAAAUGGAGUUACAAGAGCUUCCAGCACUGAUCACUCUGCACCAACCAUCACCUCAUCCACGAAUUCAGAAGUCUCCACAAAUUCACACUCUACAUUGGCUACUCAUUCCACUCAAGCAUCUACUGAACACACAAGUUCAACUUCGAUACUAAGUACCAGCAACACUCAGCCUCCAUCGACCAGCCAGGAAACAUCUGCAACAAUGAUGUCCUUGUCCACAGAGCCACACUCUACAUUUGCUACUCAUUCCACUGAAACAUCUACUGAAGACACAAGUUCAACUUCAAUACUAAGUACAAGAAACACUCAGCUUCCAUCAACCAGCCAGGAAACAUCUGCAACAAUGAUGUCCUCAUCCACAGAGUCACAAUCUACAUUGGCACCCACAGAAAUGACUGAAUUAACAGCCUCGACCUCAACACUCACCACAAUUGGAGUCACAAAACCUUCCAGCACUGAUCAUUCCGCAACAACCAUCACCCCAGCCACGAAUACAGAGGUCUCCACAAAUUCACAAUCUGCAUUCGCUACUCAUUCCACCCAAGAAUCUACUGAACACACAAGUUCAUCUUCGAUACUAAGUUCCAGCAACACUCAGCUUCCAUCAACCAGCCAGGAAACAUCUGCAACAAUGAUGUCCUCAUCCACAGAGCCACAGUCUUCUUUUGCACACACAGAAAUGACUGAAUUGACAGCCUCGACCUCAACAUUCACCACAAAUGUGGUUACAAGACCUUCAAGCACUGAUCAUUCCGCAACAACCAUCACCUUGUCCACGAAUACAGAGGUCUCCACAAAUUCACAAUCUACAUUCGCUACUCAUUACACUCAAGAAUCUACUGAACAUACAAGUCCAACUUUAAUGCUAAGUACCAGCAACACUCAGCCUCCAUCAAUCAGCCAGGAAACAUCUACAACAAUGAUGUCCUCAUCCACAGAGCCACAAUCUACACUGUCACCCACAGAAAUGACUGAAUUAACAGCCUCAAGCCCAACACUCACCACAAAUGGAGUUACAAGAGCUUCCAGCACUGAUCACUCUGCAACAACCAUCACCUCAUCCACGAAAUCAGAAGUCUCCACAUAUUCACACUUUACAUUGGCUACUCAUUCCACUCAAGCAUCUACUGAACACACAAGUUCAUCUUCGAUACUAAGUACCAGCAACACUCAGCCUCCAUCAGCCAGCCAGGAAACAUCUGCAACAAUGAUGUCCUUGUCCACAGAGCCACACUCUACAUUCGCUACUCAUUCCACUCAAGAAUCUACUGAACAUACAAGUCCAACUUUGAUGCUAAGUACCAGCAACACUCAGCCUCCAUCAACCAGCCAGGAAACAUCUACAACAAUGAUGUCCUCAUCCACAGAGCCACAAUCUACACUGUCACCCACAGAAAUGACUGAAUUAACAGCCUCAAGCCCAACACUCACCACAAAUGGAGUUACAAGAGCUUCCAGCACUUAUCACUCUGCAACAACCAUCACCUCAUCCACGAAAUCAGAAGUCUCCACAAAUUCACACUCUACAUUGGCUACUCAUUCCACUCAAGCACCUACUGAACACACAAGUUCAUCUUCGAUACUAAGUACCAGCAACACUCAGCCUCCAUCAGCCAGCCAGGAAACAUCUGCAACAAUGAUGUCCUUGUCCACAGAGCCACACUCUACAUUCGCUACUCAUUCCACCCAAGAAUCUACUGGACACACAAGUUCAUCUUCGAUACUAAGUACCAGUAACACUCAGCCUCCAUCAACCAGCCAGGAAACAUCUGCAACAAUGAUGUCCUCAUCCACAGAGUCACAAUCUACAUUGGCAGCCACAGAAAUGACUGAAUUAACAGCCUCGACCUCAACACUCACGACAAUUGGAGUCACAAAACCUUCCAGCACUGAUCAUUCCGCAACAACCAUCACCCCAGCCAAGAAUUCAGAGAAAUGA